AUGCAAGUCACGCACCCGGGUGCCCGGCACGUGCAGGCGUUCUCAAGAGGCACGGUACAACGGAAUGCUGAGACAAGCCCCAACGACUGCCGCGUUGGCAGUAAAGUCUCCAACUCCAACGGUUCAUUUUGGAGGGUUCCCUUGGUGCAGCAUCUGGAGGGAGUGGGCCUAGAAGAUUGUCCGACUUACUACAGACCCAGCUUGCUAGGCACGCCAGAAAACUAG